GUCACUAUGGACCCGGAUCUAGGACCCGAAAGGCCUUCAUCUGGGAACCCCUCAUUCCUUGGUCCUAGAAGCCCAGUGGCCCCGAGGCUGCUUCCUGUGUAGCAGCAGGCCUCUGCUGGCCUGGCACUCUCUCCUGAAGGUCUCCUUUUGAUUCAUGGCCCGUCUCAGGGGUUGCCUUCUCCAUGAUGCCUUCCUGGAGCCCCCAGGCCCCCAGGAUCAUAGGAAGCCAGGACACACCUGAAUGCAACCAGGACUCCCAGGGCCCCAGUUUCCCUGGACUGUGACCCCUCAUGAUUUUGUGACACCGAUUCCCCAUCCCUGGCUUCCCCUUCACCCUUUCCCCAGUCCCCCACCGAGGAGGCUCCUGGGGGCUCUCUGGAGUCUGGGCUGUCCCUGGGCCCCUUAGGAAGAUGUGGGAGGGGCUCGGGUCCCUCCUGCUGUGCCUCCUUAUGGUCUCUUCUGCCCCUGGGCCUCCGCCCCGGAGACCGGCCAGAGAGCUGGAUGCCACGCCAAGGACAACUAUCCCUUACGAAGAGCUCUCGGAGGCCCGACACUUUGGGGGUCAUGCCCACAAUUAUUCUACAUUGCUGCUGGAGGAAGCAUCAGGGAGGUUGCUUGUAGGGGCACGUGGGGCUUUGUUCUCUCUUAAUGCCCAGGACAUCGGAGAUGGAACCCAUCGUGAGAUCCGGUGGGAAGCAUCCCCGGAGACUCAGAGUGAAUGUGUGCGGAAGGGAAGAAAUAACCAGACGGAGUGCUUCAACCAUGUCCGGUUCCUGCAGCGUCUGAAUGCGACGCACCUCUAUGCUUGUGGGACUCACGCCUUCCAGCCACUCUGCGCUGCCAUCGAUUCUGAAGCCUUCACUUUACCUCCUAGCUUUGAGGAGGGGAAGGAGAAGUGUCCCUACGACCCAGCCAGGGGCUACACCGGGCUGAUCGUUGAUGGAGGCCUCUACACCGCCACGAGGUACGAGUUCCGGAGCAUACCUGACAUUCGUCGGAGCCGCCAUCCCCGUUCCCUACGAACGGAGGAGUCCCCCCUUCACUGGCUCAAUGAUGCAGAGUUCGUAUUUUCUGUCCUCAUCCGGGAAAGUGAGGCCAGCACUGUGGGAGAUGACGACAAAGUCUAUUAUUUCUUCACGGAACGUGCCACAGAGGAAGGUAGCGGCUUCUCCCAGAGCCGGGGGCACCGGGUAGCCCGUGUAGCCCGAGUUUGCAAGGGCGACCUAGGUGGGAAGAAAAUCCUCCAGAAGAAGUGGACAUCUUUCCUGAAGGCCCGGCUGGCUUGUCAUGUCCCUCUGUAUGAGACCCUACGAAGUGUCUGCAGCCUGGAUGGGGGGGCCUGGGCCCACACACGCUUCUAUGCAGCAUUUAGCCUGGCUGCUCAGUGGAGGACCCUGGAGGCCUCGGCCAUCUGCCGCUACGAUCUGUCCGACAUCCAGGCCUCCUUCUCUGGCCCAUACAUGGAGUACCAGGAUGGCACUCGGCGCUGGGGUCGAUACGACGGGGCCGUGCCAGAGCCACGGCCAGGCUCGUGCAUCACAGAUGGCCUUCGAAGGCGGGGCUUCAACUCCUCCCAGGACCUGCCCUCCCCCGUCCUGGACUUUGUGAAGCUGCACCCGCUCAUGGCCCGAGGUGUGGGGCCGGCCCGAGGGCGGCCCCUCCUGCUCAAGCGCAACGCUCGCUAUACUCGGCUGGUGGGGACCCCAGUCUCGGUGCCUGCUGGCCCGACUUACGACGUGCUCUUCCUGGGGACAGUUGACGGCUGGAUCCACAAAGCCGUAGUCUUGGGCCUGGGUAUGCACAUCAUCGAAGAAGCCCAGGUGUUCCUGGAGCCGCAGCCUGUGGAGAGCCUGGUCAUCUCAGCUACCCAGCACAGCCUGUACGUGGGGGCCCCUGGAGGGGUUGUCCAGAUGCCGCUGUCCCACUGUUCCCGGUAUAGCUCCUGCUACGAUUGUAUCCUGGCCCGGGACCCCUACUGUGGCUGGGAUCCCAGGGUCCGGGGCUGCCGGGAAGCCGCCACGGCACCCAACAGGACAGCCCUGAUCCAAGACAUGGAGAGAGGCAACCGAGGCUGUGAGGGCAGCGCAGAUACAGGUCCACAAUUGCCACCCAGGAACCGGUCUGUGCUAAGAGGGGACGAUGUACUCCUGCCCUGUGACCAGCCGUCCAAUCUGGCCCGGGCUUCGUGGCUACUCAAUGGGAGCCGGGUGCUGAUGGACGGGAGGGAUGGCUACCGUGUAGGUGUGGAUGGCCUGUUGGUGAUGGACACCAGGCCGGAGCAGAGCGGCCACUACAGUUGUUACGCAGAGGAGAAUGGGCUCCGCACUUUCCUGGCCUCCUACGGCCUCACCGUGCAGCCGGCCCUCCCCGCCCCAGGCCCGGCACCCCCUGCCCACGGUGCCCACCUGAGCCCGGACGUUCGUCUCCUCUACGUGUUGAUCAUUGCCGGCCUGGGCGGCCUCUGCCUUGUUCUAGCCUCCAUGCUCCUUUACGUGGUUUGCCUUCGAGGCAGCGGUCGCCGCCGCAAGUAUUCACUGGCCAGAGGUACUGGCCGGGCAGGCGGCUCUGCGGUCCAGCUGCAGACCGUCUCGGGUCAGUGCCCCGGGGACGAGGAUGGAGAAGAAGAGGGGAUGGACCGGGCAGGAGGCCCUGAAGGUGGUGGCCUUCGGAUAAUUCCUGGGGAAGGGACCCCAGCGCCUCCCCCACCUCCUCCCCCACCUCCCCCCGCGGAGCUGUCCAAUGGGCUGGCCGCCCUCCCCAGCCGCCUGAGAAGGAUGAACGGCAACAGUUACGUAUUGCUGCAGCAGAGCGAGGAUCGGGCUCCGACUCUGCCUUGCUCCUUCACAGAGGAGCUCAGCCGAAUCCUGGAGAAGCGGAAGCACACACAGCUGGUGGAGAGGCUGGAUGAGAGCUCCGUCUAAGCGCCUCCCGCCCUGCCCCUCCCCCCUGAUCUCAAGCCCCGCCCCCUGGUCUGGCUCCUUCCCUCCUCUCCCUUCCCCCACCGGACUCUCAUGCCCUAAAGCCCCUCCAGCCUCGAGAGCUGACUUCCAGACAGACACCCUCUCUUCAGCAGGACCCACGCCUUUAGCCUAGUAGGCCUUAGCCCUGCCCCUCCACUCCUGCCACAGGGGUCUAGGUCAUCACUGCCCUGUACGACAGAGCAGAACUUCCUCCCAUGUCCCACUUGACCAUUCUCUCAGAUUUAAUGGGGCCAACGGUCAGGGGUCUAGGCCCCCAGGCCUUUAGCCUUCCCUGAACCGCCCUUUGCAGAACCUGUGACCUCAAAGAGUGAGCUACAGAGAGGUAGGUCUGCUUGUGAUGCUCACUGCCCCAAGUCCUAGGAGAGAGGGCGGGAGGGAGCUGCCAUUCCCCACCCUCCUCCUUCCCCAGCUGCGGAGGAACAAGGGGCAUGCAGGCUGGGUCUCUGGCCCGGGCCGCUUUUUCAGGGGGUCCCUGUCUCUUUCCAGCACUGCAGCUGCGCGCUGAGCUGAGGACCUGCACAGGGCAGCCGCAGCAGAGCCUCCUGUUUGCUGUCUGCUUCCCACCAGCUGCCUCGUGCUGAGCUGUCCUGGUGACUGGAGCCGCCUGAGUCCCUGUCUGCCUCCCGGUGCUGGAGAGAAGGCCCAACACUGCAGCCCCCUGCGUGUGUGUGCUUGUCUGUGAGGGAGCCUGCCUGCUUUGCCGUGGGCCUCCGCGAUUCACUGUCUCCUUUCUCCAGAGCCACACUCUGGGUUACCUAUAGUUCUGGGGUGCACACAGCCAGCCAGAUCCGUCCAGCUCUCUUUCCACUCCAGCCCUCCAGGAUGACCCCCAGGCUCAGCAUGCUGGGCUCAGUCCUCUUCUCUGCAAACACCUCAUAGACUCGCUCACACCCAUACAUGCUCAUAAACAAGGUUACACACGCACACUGAGGCCCCCCCCCCCCAGGCCUGCCAGAAUGAGAUGUGGCUGCCCGGGGCCCUCUUCUCAUUGUCUGGGGUUCCCUGUUUUUUGACAUGUUUGGUCCAUGAACAUUUCAUGAGAGUGAUUCCCGCCCAAGACCAUCUCCCUCGCACUCUCACUGGAACUAUGCAAAGGGCAGGUGGUAGGUAGGCCUGGAGAUGGGAUUCCUUGGCCCUGCCUCUGUCCUACUUCACUGUGGUGCUGUCAGGGUCCUUGGGUCAGUGAGGAGAGGAGACCCCAGGAUGAGGUGGGACAAUACCCCCCCACACACUGGGCACUAAACCUCUUUGGGCCAGGAUCACGACUGUUAUCGAUGCUGGGAGAAAACCCAGGACUCAUGUUUUUACUGCCCUUCACAUAGCACCGUGAAUGCUCCCCUUCCCCUGGCUGAAUGUAUUUAUUAGGAGAAUCCCAGAAGGGCUUUGUUUUAUAAUAGCCUCCAGGGGGAGGUCUGAGUAGGGCAGAGAACAGGCAGCAAGUGGCUAAGCUGGGGAGGGAGGUGGGGCGUGGGCUCAUCUCCCCACCCCCUUUCCUGUUGGUCAGUAAAUAAUGUCCUCUAAA